CCCGGAACCUGGGAAGUUUAUUUAAACCUCGAAAGCCGCUACUCAUUGCCAGUAGAAAGUAUAUAGGUAACUGAGUAGCUAUAAGAUUCAUUUAUUCGGAAUACCCAAAGAUUUCAAGAUAACUUAGUGUCUAAUCAUGAGUACAAUUCAAGAGUCGUUCGUUCUCGAAGCGGCGCCGGGAACGGACAUCUGGAGGAAGCCACCAACUACAAAUGUUUGGAAUGCUCCUAUCUCCCGCACAACCUCAGGCCCCUUGAAGAAAUUUCAAUCUGCCCGGGUCACCUUCUGGUCUGAUUGGACUGAGAGAUAUGACCAAGCAGGGCUCCUUCUUGUACCGAAGAGAGCAUCUUCGGCCGACGUUUCCCCUCCCGAGAAGUGGAUUAAAACCGGUGUUGAGUUCUAUCUUGGGAAACCGCAUCUCAGUACUGUGGGAUGCGACCGCUUCGCCGAUUGGAGUGUUGGGCCCUUGGCACUUACGGCGAAUGAAUCUGACCCUACCGAGGUUGGUGGGGUCACUAUCGAGAUUAUACGCGAGGGAGACGAGCAUGGCAAAAGUCUAUGGGUGUACAGAUUGGUAUUAGAUGCAGAAGGGCAUCUUAUCGAAAAAAUUCCACUUCGGGAAAUAUGCUGGGUACUUGCCAAUGAAGACGAAGUUGGUGAAGAAUGGCUCCUAGACGUUAGUCCACUUGUAGCCCGUCCAGAGAAGAAGGCGACCGAGUCUCUCAAGGUUAAUUUCAAAUCCUUCGAGGUUCAAUGGCUCUCUUGAAAAUAUAGACAUAACAAGGUGUCUUCUACCUUGGCAUGUUUCUUUCGGGCCAGUACUGUUACCUGAAAAGCCGUGUGCAGCUAACACGACUUCGAUCUCUUUGCCCCCUUGCGAGGUACAUGUUCAGACUUUAAGAGGAUAUACAAGCCAAUAGCAUCGCAUUAUCCUUUCAGUAAUAUAUUUUCACCGCAUUACACCAUGAUCAAAAGUUAAAUAAUAUUAUAGGGUUGUAAAUCUCGAUAAUAAAAUAAAACCCAGACAGUCCUAAAACUGAAUAUUUCUCAUA